AUGUAUAAUAAUAUUGGUUUAAUGACUCCUAGAGGUAGUGGUACCUCUGGGUAUGUGUAAAAAAACCUAGCUCAUAUAAAACCAACACGAAAGCAAGAUGAAUUUCUUAAAGAAAUUAAGGCUAUGAAAGAAAAUGUUAUUUAGGCAAGAAAGAAAGCAAAUCCAGAAAUUAUUUUACAUGAGAUGAAAAGAGAUAUAGAGUUGAAAAAAAUUACAUUAUAAGAGGAAUUGGAAGCAAGAGGAAUUGCAGAAGAAGAAAUUAAAUAGAGAAUUUAAAGAUUGGAGGAUAAAUUGAAAGAUAUGUUAAAUAAGGGGGAGUAUUAAUUAGAUCAUGUUGCUGACACUCACAUUAAGACUUAGAGGAAAGAAGAGUAAGAGAAAAAAAUUGGAGAUGCAUUUGGAAUAGAUAAAGAUUAAUUUAAGCCUGGAACAGCAUUUGAUUUUGAUGCAGAAGAGAAAACAAGACUGGAAAGAAAAGUUGAAAGAGAAAUGAGAAAAGCAGAACGUUUAAUUUAGUUGAAAGAAAAAAAAAAAGCAGAAAAAAAGAAAUUAAAAGAACUUGCACAAUAACAAUAGUAAAUAAAAGAAGCUUAGGAGAAAGAUGUCAAGAAAGAAGAGAGUCGUAGUAGAAGUAGAAGAAAAGAAAAAAAGUCUAAGAAGCAUAAAAAAUGA